UAAAAAAUAACCAAAGCAUCUGCAAAAGACGCGUACCUUUGCUGCUGUCAUCUACGGCUCCUAUGGCAUUUGGUUUGGCGUUCUCUUUCUAAUUAUAAUCUCCUCCACUUCUAUAAAUUUACUCCCACCUAGCCCCAUGGCUCGCACCUCAAAUUCUAAUUUUUCGUUUAAUUAGUAGACAAGUUCUCUUUUCUGGUCGAAAUUAACGCUUGAUUUGCUCUCUCUCUCUCUCUCUCUCUCUGAGUCCUCGUAAAUAUAUAUUGGUCCAUUUCUCUUCGGCACCUCCGGCGCUUUUCUUCAAUCUUUGGUGGGAUUUGGCAUUCAAAGAGAAAUGACAGGCGCAAAACCAGAUACCCCCUUGAUACCAACUUCAUCAUCCCGAAACCUUCCCGAUUUCAAGAAAUCCAUUAAACUAAAAUAUGUGAAGCUCGGUUAUCAUUACCUCAUCACCCAUGCAAUGUACCUUUUCCUCUCCCCUCUUGUAGUUGUUAUGGCCGUGCAGCUUUCAACAUUUUCUCUCCACGAUCUUUAUGAUCUUUGGGAGCAUCUCCAGUACAAUCUAAUUUCAGUGAUCAUCUGCUCAACUCUCCUCGUUUUCUUGUCUACCGUCUACUUUCUCACCCGUCCUCGCGCUGUAUACCUUGUCAACUUCUCCUGCUACAAGCCUGAAGAGUAUCGAAAAUGUACCAAAAAGAUCUUCAUGGAUCAAUCUCAGAUGACUGGUACCUUUACAGAUGAGAAUCUUCAAUUCCAACGUAAGAUCCUUGAGAGGUCUGGCCUUGGUGAUUCUACUUACCUUCCUGAGGCUGUUCUGAAUAUUCCUCCAAACCCAUCAAUGAAAGAAGCUAGAAAAGAAGCUGAGACUGUGAUGUUUGGUGCUAUUGAUGAGCUGUUUGCCAAGACUUCAGUAAAGCCCAAAGACAUUGGAAUUUUGAUUGUGAAUUGCAGUUUGUUCAAUCCAACCCCAUCUCUUUCUGCCAUGGUUGUCAACCACUAUAAGCUUCGGGGAAACAUAGUUAGCUACAAUCUAGGUGGGAUGGGCUGCAGUGCAGGUCUGCUCUCAAUUUCUCUUGCUAAAGAACUUCUCCAGGUCUAUCCCAACUCGUAUGCAUUGGUUGUCAGCAUGGAGAACAUCACGCUUAAUUGGUAUUUUGGAAAUGAUAGAUCAAAGCUUGUUUCAAAUUGCUUGUUCCGAAUGGGAGGAGCGGCAAUACUGCUUUCUAACAGAAGUUCUGACAGAAGAAAAUCCAAAUACCAGUUGGUAGAUACCGUUCGUACCCACAAGGGUGCAGAUGACAAGUGCUUCGGGUGUGUAACCCAAGAAGAAGACUCCACAGGGAAAGUUGGUGUUACUUUGUCAAAGGAUCUCAUGGCAGUUGCUGGUGAUGCUCUGAAGACCAACAUCACCACUUUGGGGCCUCUUGUUCUUCCAAUGUCCGAACAGCUGCUAUUCUUUGCUACACUAGUCGGGAAAAAGCUUUUAAAGAUGAAGGUCAAGCCUUAUAUUCCAGACUUUAAAUUAGCUUUUGAUCAUUUUUGCAUUCAUGCUGGAGGAAGAGCUGUUUUGGAUGAAUUGGAGAAGAAUUUGCAGCUAUCUGAUUGGCAUAUGGAGCCAUCAAGAAUGACACUUUAUCGAUUUGGUAACACCUCAAGCAGUUCUCUUUGGUAUGAACUGGCAUACACAGAAGCGAAGGGGAGAAUGAAGAAGGGGGAUAGGACAUGGCAAAUAGCAUUUGGUUCAGGCUUUAAAUGUAACAGUGCAGUGUGGAGGGCUCUAAGAACUAUAAACCCAGCAAAGGAGAAGAACCCUUGGAUGGAUGAAAUCCAUAAUUUCCCGGUAGAUGUUCCAAAAGUAUCUACCAUCUAGAUGUUCCAAGGCUAUAUUUUGGCAAUUGGUGCUGGCUUUUCGAAUGGAGGAAUUUUUACUUCUUUUCAACUCUGGUAUUGGAGUUCAUUCUUGAUUUUCAUGCCCAGAUUUUGGGACUUGAUUGUGCUUGUAGGGCUGAGGAGUGGUAUUUCUGGGUUGAGAAGACAUUUUUAUUUAGUUUGUCUCAUGGGGGGUUUAGUUAUUCUUGGCAGUUGCAUGAUGCUUCAGCGGGAUGUGGCUUUGAUUUUGUAAUGGUGGAAAACCAUAUUCAUGGGUGGUGAGGGGGGUAAAUUAUGUUAUGAGUGUUCUCUAAUUAUUAUGUAUCAGAGAUCCCCCUUCUUAUUCUUUGUAGGAAUAAAAUAAGGAAAUUCUAUGAAUCAGAAAAAGGAAAUAUCUUCUUGAA